UACUGCUUUUGUAUUAGUGUCUCAUUACAAAAGAGAAAGACUGUUAAACCAUGGCAUAUUCAGUUGUGAUUUAAACCAUGGACUAGCUUGAGAUUUGGAUAUAUGUAGUUGAUUUCUACUUAGGUUGAGCUUGGGUUGGAGGCUUGGAGCCUUCAGAAUUUGAGCUAUAGUUUAGAUAGGUCUCUUUUCCCUUUCUCUUUAUUUUCCAUUUCUUCAAUUGGUUCUCUGAUUCUAUACUUACUUUUGCAGGGGUGUGUUGUCGAAUUAUUGUAAGAAAGAUGAGUGGAGCAGGAGAGAAAGGGUCAACAACUACAAAAACACCUGCAGAUUUCCUCAAAUCAAUUCGUGGGCGACCAGUUGUCGUGAAACUGAAUUCUGGUGUUGAUUAUAGAGGUAUUCUAGCUUGCCUAGAUGGAUAUAUGAAUAUAGCCAUGGAGCAAACAGAAGAAUAUGUCAAUGGACAGUUAAAAAAUAAAUAUGGUGAUGCAUUCAUUCGUGGAAAUAAUGUUCUUUAUAUCAGUACAUCAAAGAGGACAUUAGCAGAUGGGGCUUAGUGUUGCAACUGCAUUGAAGAAUUAGUGCCAUCUACAAGUCGUCGCUUUUCUUAUGAAUUUGUUUGUAGGAUGAUGAGGAUUUUAGAAAUGAUAACUGAGACGGUACUCUAUCAUCUUACUUUAGUGGAACAUUGAAGCUUUUAUAUUUGUUCAACCCUGCGGAAGUAAUUGGCAGAUGCUUUCAUCCUACGAGCUGUGCCCACUUUCCCUGUUCUAAAUUGUUGUUUCUUUUCUAUAAAUUGCACCAACUUUUCAUUUUUUUAA